CCCAUCGCAGGCAUCCAGAAGGGGCCCCGCUCCGACUUCGACAUGGCCUACGAGCGCGGCCGCAUCUCGGUGUCGCUGCAGGAGGACAGCACCGGCGCCUUGGCCGCCUUCUCCCGGUCCGACUCGCACGAGCCCAAAGAGCGCAAAUCGGUGACGGUGGAGGAGCAACCGUCUGGUGUCUACCACUACAACUACUGCGAGGACGAUUCGGCAACCGGGAACUGUCCCUUCGGGCCCUACCAGGGCCGCCAGACCAGCGUCAUCUUCGAGGCCGCCAAGCAGGAGCUGGUCAAGCUCAUGAAGGUGGAGGAUCCUUCUCUCCUCAACAACCGUGUCUUGCUCCAUCAUGCCAAAGCCGGGACGGUCAUUGCCCGUCAAGGGGACCAGGACGUGAGCCUCCACUUCGUGCUGUGGGGCUGCCUGCACGUGUACCAGCGGAUGAUUGACAAGGCGGAGGACGUCUGCCUCUUCUUGACGCAACCCGGUGAGAUGGUGGGACAGCUGGCCGUGCUCACCGGCGAGCCCCUCAUCUUCACCAUCAAGGCCAACCGUGACUGCACCUUCCUCAAGAUCUCCAAGUCGGACUUCUACGAGAUCAUGCGGGAGCAACCCAGCGUGGUGCUGAGCGUCGCCCACACCGUGGCUGCCCGUAUGUCACCCUUCGUGCGCCAGAUGGACUUUGCCAUCGACUGGAUGGCGGUGGAGGCCGGCCGGGCGCUCUACAGGCAAGGGGACAAGUCGGACUGCACCUACAUCGCGCUCAACGGCCGUCUCCGCUCCGUCAUCCAGAAGGGCAGCGGCAAGAAGGAGCUCAUCGGGGAGUACGGCCGCGGGGACCUCAUCGGCGUGGUGGAAGCCCUCACCCGGCAGCCCCGUGCCACCACGGUCCACGCGGUCCGGGACACGGAGCUGGCCAAGCUGCCUGAGGGCACCUUGAACAACAUCAAGCGCAGAUACCCCCAGGUUGUCACCCGCCUCAUCCACCUCCUGAGUCAAAAGAUCUUGGGAAACCUUCAGCAGCUCCGUGGCCCCUUUGCAAGCUCUGGCUUGGGCAUGGCCUCCAGCUCGGAGCCCACCAACCCCACCAGCAACCUGUCAACAGUGGCGGGGGCGCCGCCCCAUGGGACACCGGUGACCAUGUCCCCACCUCUCCCAGGUCCCACAUUGCUCCUCACCAGCGACAUCAUCCGUGCCCGUCUCGGCUCCUCGGCGCUGGACAGCAUCCAGGAGUACCGCCUGUCGGGUUGGCUGGCGCAACAGGAGGACAUCCACCGCAUCGUCCUGUACCAAACCGACGUACGCAUGUCCCUGUACCAAACCGCCUGUACCCUGACGCCGUGGACUUUGCGCUGCAUCCGUCAAGCCGACUGCAUCCUCAUCGUAGGGUUGGGCGACCAAGAACCAGCGCUGGGAGAGCUGGAGCAGAUGCUGGAGAACACGGCGGUGCGUGCGCUGAAGCAGUUGGUCCUCCUACACCGCGAGGAUGGUCCCAGCCCUUCCCGUACCGUUGAGUGGCUCAACAUGCGCAGCUGGUGCUCGGGCCACCUCCACAUCAAGUGUCCCCGGCGCGUCUUCUCCCGCCGUCAAACUGGUACGUGUCGGGAGAUGUACGAGAAGGUGUUUGAGAAGAGCGCCGACCGGCACAGCGACUUCUCCCGGUUGGCGCGGAUCCUCACCGGCAACACCAUCGCCCUCGUCCUGGGGGGCGGCGGAGCCAGGGGUUGUUCCCACAUUGGGGUGAUCAAGGCGAUGGAGGAGUCGGGGAUCCCCAUCGACAUGGUGGGCGGCACCUCCAUCGGCGCCUUCAUCGGGGCGCUCUACGCCGAGGAGCGCAGCGCCGUCCGCACCAAGCAGCGGGCGCGCGAGUGGGCCAAGUGCAUGAAUUCAGUGUUCGAGACCGUCCUGGACCUCACCUACCCCAUCACCUCCAUGUUUUCGGGUUCAGCCUUCAACGCCAGCAUCAACAAGGUUUUCCAGGACAAGCAGAUCGAGGACCUGUGGCUGCCCUACUUCAACGUCACGACUGACAUCACGGCCUCAGCCAUGCGGGUGCACACGGACG